GGCAGUAAUUUUAUCCGAUGGUUGUUGACUUGAUGAUUUGUCGUUAAUGGUGGGAUCCAAUUUUGUUCGGACAAGAAAUGGAAUGCUUUGGGUAAUCUUUUUCCUCAACCGCUUUCCCUCUCCUUUACGCCAUUCCCUUCUCCCUCUUUCUCCCUCCCUCCCGCUCGCGUCCGCUAUUUUCCCGGCGUCCAUUCCGACGACUAAAACCCGGCAACACCCCCUCGCCGUCGACUGCUCAACCAGUCAACUCCAAAGGAAAAAAAAACUGAACCAGAUUGAUUGAUUGGUCGCAUGGAGCUCGUUCGCCACUGCUUAUGCACCCAUGACCGAGGCUUCUCUGCGCAAGCCUGCGACCUUUGCGGGCCCGUUUUUUUCCCGCAGUCAACUCAGGUCCAGCCGGAAUCACCGGGUUUUCACGGAGAAGGCGCCGGGGAUAGAGAAUUGGCGCCGAGUUAUCAGAAUUUCCGGAGCUUGAUCACUUCUGCAGCUUCCCUUUGUCUUACCGUGCUCUUCGUGAUCGUUGGCGCCUUAAUCGGUGGUGUAUUUGGAGCAUUAGCUGGUUGGGCUGCUAAAAGCGGCAUCCUUAGAGGAGCAGGACUGUGCACCAUUGCAGGGGCAGUACUCUCCUUAGAAGCUCUGGAGGCUUCUCAUGCCUAUUGGUGUCCGGACUGCUCUGGCUCACAACACAGAACAUCUUCUUUGUUGUUUUUCAGGCAAAUUUCAUUAAAGAGCUUCUCCAUCAUAGGUUUGUUGAUGAUCAGUUCCAGCAUCCUGCGGCGCCACGAACUAAUGGUCAUCAGCAGGGGAGUAUUAGCCCAAGUAACGAUGACGUCCACGAGGUGAUCGACUCCUACAGUGAGUUGCCAUUAAGAGGGUUGUCAGGGGAUUCACUUAACAAUCUUCCUUCUCAUGUCUUGACAAGUGAGGUGAAAGCUGGAGAUAACAUCUGUUGCACAAUAUGUCUGCAGGAUAUCGGAGUAGGGGAAACUGCUAGGAGCUUGCCACACUGCAACCACAUGUUCCAUUUGAGCUGCGUCGACCAGUGGCUAGCGGGCCACGCUUCCUGUCCUGUGUGCCGAAGAAACGUUUAAGCUAGGCUGCCUUGUCACAUUUUGGGUUACUUUAAACUGUGUAAAAUAUUUGUGUCGAAGAAUACUGGAUAAUAAUUAUAGUACCAAAAAUUAACAAGAGUACAGACAAAUUAACAAGAGAGACCUAGUUACAUAAGGAAGCUAGCUACUAAGAUUGACAAAAGUCAUAACUGAAAAAACAGUUGCUGAAACUAUAUUUUAGAAACCAUUUAUUUGUUGCGACUUGUGAAUUCAACUCUCCUUUGUCCUUUGAACUUUGAAGGCACCAAUCACGGAGAGAAAAAUGAAGACACCAACCGUUUAGUAAGAAUAUUUGUGAAAUAUAUGUGUUGUACAUUUUCAAGA